ACAAUGAAAUACUUGUUGCAAAGUUUCAAUGGGGGACGGGAAGUGGGAGGGGUCAGAAAUCUCGAAAGUGGGGAUCUCAAAGUGAGUUCAAGUGCCAUUUCUGUAUCGUUCCCCAUCUUCGUUCUACUGUCUACUAGAGAGCUGUGUAUAUCUGUCAAUAUAAGUGACGUUUAUAAUUGAAGUAUUUUGAUAUUAUUGGAGACUUUCUGUACAAAAUUGAGUGUCACGGGAUGAAUGUCGGUAUGUGUGUAUAAUCUAUGUUUACAGAUACAUGUUAGUUGGAACGCAUGCGCGAAUGACCGGAAGUGUGUUAGUUGUCAGAGAGAAGAGAGAGUCCAGCGUGUGAUAUGUACCAUGAAGUUUAAGUAUCUGUGCUUAGAUCGAGAUGUUUAAUUGUUUUGAUGUAAUUACAGCUGAACCCAGGGACACCUAGACCUCGAUAGAAACUAAGGCGCACAGAUAAUUUAUGGAGAAAAUAACAAGACCAAAUCUGAAAAGACGUUAACAUUACAGACAAACUCUGGCUUUACUUCUGUUGGCAUCAUUAUAAACUGUAGUUUCAGUUCUGACACGCAUCCAUUUUUUUUUCCCUUGAAAAAAAAAAAAAAGAGCUCAAUGUAAACAUCCUUAUCCAAAGGGAUGAAGAAAGUAUUGAUUUUAAUGGUAAUCACUUGGAUCGAAGUGGCUUGGCCAAUAAAGAUCUACGAUGAUGAUUGUAUAGAAUAUUUGCAAGAGUCCCAGAGCCAAGAGGAUGCCUGCGAUUGGGACGCCAACUAUUUCAAAGAGACAUUCAAACCGGAUGUAGUCAACAAUGUCAAAGACUAUUUAGAAAGCACCCAUCCAAAAACACUGGGUCUUGUCUCGAGUGAAGACGAUGGCGUACCAAGAUUGAGCAGUAAAAUUCACGACCAAUGUACGUGUAGAAGUAUUUCUUGUAACUGUACAGGACUUGGUUUGAAAAAUGUUCCCAACAAUCUUCCUCACAGCAUUCAGGAACUGAGACUCGAUUACAACGCCAUUGCAGUGCUACCAAACUGUACAUUCUGUAGAUACUCUCAGUUGAAUUAUUUAGACUUGUCUUUCAAUAAUUUGACUCAUCUUCAAGUUGGCUCGUUUUGGGGACUUGUCAAUUUAAUUUGGCUAAAUCUGGGGAACAAUAGCCUGGUGUACUUUAAGGAGACAUUCCCGAAUGGCGUGUUUUCUGAUUUAGUUUCGCUUAGAUGUUUGAAGCUUCACAGUAACCCAAACAGCCAUCAUCAAACUGGCCUUCACUUCCCCGAUGAAGUUUUGGCUAAUCUGACCAACUUGGAGAGUCUUUAUUUAGAUGGUUUUCAUUCGUUGGUUUUCGGAGAACAUUUUAAAAAUUUAACCAAGCUGAAAACUUUAGACUUAUCUCAAGGUUACUGUAACAUUAAGUCUCUGAGUAAAAGUGCCUUAUCUAACAUCUAUCAGAUAAGUAAACUGAAUCUAAGUGGAUGCAAUCUUCAAGGUGACAAUCUAAACAACGAUGUAUUCAAGCCAUUGGUUAACUUGAAACUUCUGGACAUUAGUUUCAACACAGAUCUGGGUGUUAAAUCUUUCAUGUCUGCUUUGAAAGAAAUUCGUCAUUACAACAUAACUACAUUAAUAAUGAACUUUAUCGAGUCUUCUUAUUCACCAUCUAUAUUCAUAAACCAUGAUAUAACAGCGAGUUUUCCGACGUCUUUAAUAUAUCUAGAGGCCCAGGGAAAUAACUUUGAGUCCAUUGAAACUGGAGCUCUUCAGUUGCUUCCCCCUAAUUUGACCUACAUUAUCGUUGGGGCUAAUAGAUUUCUCUAUGGAGAGUAUUUUAAUGAUCUUUAUACACUAAAGAGUGUCAAAGUACUUAAACUGAAUGGGGGCGCUUAUUUGCCAAACAUACCAAAGUACGUACCACAGCCAGAAGGCGACACUCGGUGCUCCUCACCACAGCACAUGUUCACAAGUUCAAGGCCACUUAUAAUCACUCUCCCGCCAAAUUUACUUUGUCUUGAUUUGAGAUUCACUGGUCUAAGGUACCGUCUGACAGAACUGACCUUCAAUUCGAGUAACUCGCUCGAAUCUUUGAUUUUUUGUAAUAAUUAUUUCCCUUUACUUCAAGGUCCCAUUAUAGGGUUGCAUAAAAUUUUGAAGCUAUUUAUAAGUGACAGCAGUGUCAAGGACAUAGCGCCACAAAUGUUUCAAUAUCUUGGUGCCUUACAGGAACUUAGACUCCGAAACGAUCAGCUGCAAGACUUUUUUGAACACAACAUCAACCAGAAAGUGUUUAAACACUUAAAAAAUCUUAGAAUAAUUGACCUUUCAAAAAACGCUCUGACCACAGUCCAGAAAAAGAUUUUUAAAAACUUGAAUCUUUUGGAAGAGGUCGAUAUGAGUCAGAACAACAUGUGGGCAUUUAACGUGAGUAUUCUGAAUCUGUUCAACCUAAGUUUGCUGAAUUUGAGUCACACCCAGCUGAGUACUCUUCCCCUUGAGACACGACAACAUAUUGACCAAUUGUUGACUUAUCAUUCUGUCGUUAUCGACUUGUCUUACGCGCCGAUCCAGUGUGACUGUACUAACAUUGACUUCUUGAAAUGGAUGACCAGUUCCAGGGCUUUUGAUGCCAACUUCCCCAAUUACAUGUGUAGAUAUGAGAAUACGUCUAGCGCGGUGCUGAUACAAGAUGCCUAUAUGGAGACAUUGCAGUUUCUUGGCAGAAGGUGUGCUGACCACUCCAUCCUCUUCCUGGUAGUCAUCUCUGCAACUUUGUGUAUGGUCUCUUUCGUGGUAGUAGCCGUGCUGUACAGGUUUCGCUGGAGACUCAGAUAUGUAUAUUACGCCGCCUACUUGAUGGUGAAAGGUCAAAUAAAAAACACUGCUAAAUCUGAACAGUUUCACUAUGACGUGUUUAUUUCCUAUGCUUAUAAGGAUGAGGACUUCAUUUUGGGAAACCUUGUACCAGAGUUGACUGAACGCAAGUUGUCAGUCCUGGUCCAUGGACGAGACUUUGCUGUGGGGGAAUUCAUCGCUUCCAACAUUGUGACUGCCGUCAAAGAGAGUCGGAAAACUUUAGUGGUUCUCACACGAAAUCUUCUCAACAGCACCUGGUGUAACUUCGAAAUGCAGAUGGCCAACAUGGAGUCUGUCCACACAGGGCGUCCAGUACUUGUGUUUCUCAUCAAAGAAUCCAUACCUACGACAGAGCUGACCUCUUUCCACUUUAUAAUUCAUCCAAGAAAAAAGAACAUUGAGAGAUCCCACCAGAACAUUGAGAUAUCACAUCAGAACAUUGAGAGAUCCCACCAGAACAUUGAGAGAUCACAUCAGAACAUUGAGAGAUCACACCAGAACAUUGAGAGAUCACACCAGAACAUUGAAAGAUCACAUCAGAACAUUGAGAGGUCACAUCAGAACAUUGAGAGAUCACACCAGAACAUUGAAAGAUCACACCAGAACAUUGAAAGAUCACAUCAGAACAUUGAGACGUCACAUCAGAACAUUGAGAGAUCCCACCAAAAUAUUAACAGCUCCCAUGUGUCUGAGGUACAACUUAAUUAA